GGCUCGGCUGCGAGCCCCCAGCCUUCGUGCUUCCGGCAGUGCCGCGCCGAGCCCACCGGGCCGGCGCCAGGCUUCUGUGCGCCGUAGGGUCCCGCCGGCAGCGGCGCAUAAGGCUAGGGCUUUCCGACUUCAGCUACAGUGCUAGCUAAGUCGGGGAAGGCAACACGGAGAGAAGCCGCGCGUCCCCCCUUUUUUCCUCCCGGUGUUGCCCAGCGGCGGAGCGGGCCGGCAUGGCGCGAGAAGCCGGGCCGAAGGGACAGCGACAGCGGCGCUGCGGAGCCUUGGUUGGCUAUUUCACGUCUGCGAAGUUUCUGCUUUACCUUGGACAUGCGUUGUCCACUUGGGGAGAUCGUAUGUGGCAUUUUGCUGUGUCUGUGUUCCUGGUUGAACUUUAUGGAAACAGCUUGCUCCUGACUGCAGUCUAUGGACUGGUUGUGGCGGGAUCAGUUCUUCUUCUGGGAGCCAUUAUUGGAGACUGGGUGGACAAGAACUCGAGGCUCAAAGUGGCCCAGACAUCCUUGGUUGUUCAGAAUGCAUCUGUCAUCCUAUGUGGCAUUAUCCUGAUGAUUAUCUUCUUGUUUAAGACACAGCUUUUGACCUUAUACCAUGGAUGGCUUCUCACGAUGUGCUAUAUCCUGGUUAUCACGAUAGCAAACAUUGCUAAUUUGGCCAGCACUGCCACAGCGAUCACAAUUCAGAGGGACUGGAUUGUUGUGGUUGCAGGGGAAGACAGAAGCAAACUGGCAGAUAUGAAUGCCACAAUACGAAGAAUUGAUCAGUUGACCAAUAUCUUGGCCCCAAUGGCAGUUGGUCAGAUAAUGACAUUUGGCUCCCCAAUGAUUGGUUGUGGAUUCAUUUCUGGCUGGAACCUGAUGUCGAUGUGCGUGGAAUACCUGCUACUCUGGAAGGUUUAUCAGAAAACUCCUUCUCUGGCUCUCAAGUGUUCCAAAGUUGAAGAAUCAGAACUGAAGCAACUGAAUGUAAAGAAAGAGAAUGAUGUGAAACCUGCUGAAGGAGUGCAGUUAAUUGUUGAGAAAGAUGUAAAUGGCUUUGAGCCCCAGCGGGAGAAGGAAGUUGGCUGCACUGCCCGAAUUGCUGAACCUUUCAUCACAUUUCGUGAUGGAUGGGUUGCAUACUAUAACCAGCCUGUGUUUCUUGCAGGCAUGGGUCUUGCAUUUCUGUAUAUGACAGUUCUGGGCUUUGAUUGCAUUACUACAGGCUAUGCAUACACUCAGGGUUUGAGUGGUUCUGUGCUAAGCCUCCUGAUGGGUGCCUCUGCAAUCACUGGAAUAAUGGGAACAGUAGCUUUCACCUGGCUUCGUCGCAAAUGCGGUCUGAUCCGCACAGGCCUUAUUUCUGGAGUUGCUCAGUUUUCCUGUCUGGUCUUAUGUGCCGUCUCUGUAUUCAUGCCUGGGAGCCCUCUGGAUUUGACUGUUUCCCCAUUUGCUGACAUCAGUGCCAGGCUGUUUGAAAAUGAGCCAUUACCUACUAUUGCAUCUCCAGGAGGUGAGCCUGGAGUGGCUUUUGCAACUGGAAUGCCCGACUUGUUCAACGGGUCUGCUGCUCCUGCUAAUGCUGACCCAGAGAUGAGUCCUCAGCCUGUGCCUUUAAUCUCUGUUAGUCUCCUCUUUGCAGGAGUCAUUGCUGCUAGAGUUGGCCUUUGGUCCUUUGACUUGACUGUCACACAGUUGCUCCAAGAAAAUGUGGCAGAAUCUGAAAGAGGCAUCAUAAACGGUGUCCAAAACUCCAUGAAUUACCUUCUUGAUCUGCUGCACUUCAUCAUGGUCAUCUUGGCCCCCAAUCCGGAAGCUUUUGGUUUAUUGGUGCUUAUUUCUGUAUCUUUUGUUGCAAUGGGCCACAUAAUGUACUUCAGAUUUGCUCAGAAAAGCUUGGGAAAACAGCUUUUUGCUUGUUGCACUCCUGAUCCCGAAGCAGUUUCUGAUAGUUCGAUGCCUGGUAAUACCUCUACUGUGUGAAAGGAUCCACUUCCCUUACUAACAUCCUACAUUAAUAUCAUGGUUAAGCACAAAUUGCCUUUUGUGACCGUGCCUAGGGUGUUUCUCUACAGUUGAAUGCAUAACUUAAACAUGUCAUGAAGCCUUCUGAAGGGAACUCACUGGUAUUAAAGGGGCCCACAACAAGCCUUUCCAUUUUUGGCCAGGGACAACUCCAUUGAAUCUUGACUACUGGUAUUUCAAAGGAAAAGCUAGUAGUCCUGCCUAGUAUUUGAUUAUGAGGUCAUGUUGGUUCUGUCCUUCUGCACUGCCCCCCCAUGAUGCCAUUUAGCAGUGAAACAUAGAUACUUGUCCACAAAUUCCAAACAGUUACUUGGCUCGUUGAGCGAAAAAGACUUUUUAGUUGCUUUAGUAAAGUUUGAUGUACCAUGUUUGGUUUUCUGUUUUCCCUUUCCAUAAACAUGUCCUGUUCCAUUUAUUGCCCCCCUUCCUUCUCAAAAGGCUUCAAGUGUCCUUUUUGGUUUCCUGAAGAGAACUAUUUGUUCUGAUGUUUCCUGGAUGAGGUGUCUAGUAUUGUAUUUGUUCUGGUUUAACUUUACAGAAACACCUGUAUAGGUUUUUUUUUUUUUGCAUGUUUUCUCACAGAGUAACUAUAGGUACAAGAUAUUAUAUUACAGUGUUGCACUUCAUAAAGUAGAACAUAACCUCAUUUUAGAAAAGCUACUAAUAUACUGUAACAUUAUUAAGCAUGGCUCUUUUUUUAUGUUGUAAAUGACAGGUCUGCUCGGGUUUGAUGUAGCAGAGAGUACUAAGGUCAGGAGUGCUGGUACAGAAAAGCUCAAGUCUAGGCUAAUUUAGCCUUUGCUUCAGAGUAUGAGCAGCUUUAGUUUAUUUUAAAUGCUUUUGUGUUCGGAAACCUAUUCAAGUGUUAAGUAUCGGAAAAUAACAUGUGUUCCAGGCAAAAGAAAUGAAGUGGAUUACUUGCAUUAAUCUGUUUUACAUUUAUGUGAGGUUUGACUUGUUUAGAACGAACGAUGAGAUGAUGGAUUGUGUGGCCCUCUGAAGCAGCUUAAGAGAAACAGAGAAACAUUUAUCACUCUGAUUUAUAAGUUCUUGUGUUAGUUGACCUUACGCGUGUACUAACACGAUGCUUUUAGAGUCACUGGCCAUUUGUGCACUUUUGUGAAUACUAACUAAGCACUUUUUCAGUACAGUUGAACCUUCUAGUGUUCUGAGUUUACCUUUGGUAAGACAGUAUGACUUAGAAAUAUAGAUCUUUAUGAAAUGUUCCUUGGCAAAGUUUUAAGCAAUAUACAAAACCAUGAAGGAUAUUAUUCAUGUGUUGCUGAAGUAUCUUGUAAGUGGCAUCACUUCUAAGGUCUUUAAUUUUAGCUUCCGUCCUUAGCAGUCAUCUAAGUUGUCGUAUCCUGAACCCUGGAAUGUAAGCCUGUGAACUCUUAGCAUUCAAGGCAUUACAUCGGGUUGUAUGUUCGCCAUCUAAAACCUUGUAACAUUACCUAAAUAGAACGUAGAAAACCUCUAGUGGCUUUUGUCUCACCGUAUUCUGUAAGGGGAAUGAAAAUGAAGGAAUGGGCAUCCGAUGUACAACCCACUUGCAGCCCUCAGAGUUCUAGAACUGUUGUUGAGUAGUAAUUUUUCUCUUCAAAUGGACCAAAACCAAUCGUUACUGAAAGGUUCUCAGGGAUAUUUUCCACUAGAUUUAUAAUUGUUUAUAUUUUGACCAAGCUUUAGGGUUUUCUUUCAAUGUAAUAAAGGUAAAAUGUGUAAAUUAGAAGAGCUUUAAAAUUUGUGACUUGAUCCUGUGUUUAUUCUUGAGGUAAAAGGGAACUUGGCUGUCAGCAGAGCUAGAGCCAGAAGUAAAAUAAAACCAGCUUAUCUAGCUUUGUAGAAUACAGAUGCCUAGAGAGUUGACUUUACAGUGUGUGGAAGAAGAGCAGGGUUGAACCGGUAAGGAAUUGUCUGUAAAUGUCUGAUUUUCCAAAUAUAUCGUCUUGUUUAUGUAAUAUAAAUUUGGAUCAGUUUUUAAUAUUGCUUGAUAUAAACAAAGGUAGCUUGGGUGUCUCUAUGCUGUACUUGAGGAAAAUCUAAAUGCCAGCGUAUCUAUGGACUUGCUGUCCUGCCGGGAAACUGAGGUAGAAAUGCAGUUCCUUGGGGGCUGCCCUCCAGGAAUACACAGGGAAGUAGACUCGGGAGCUUCUUAGCUCUUCUCAAAGUGGUGGUGUUGUUUUUAAGAUCACCGUAGCCUUAUUUCAGUAGAAUAGUGGUUUAUUUCACAAAUUGUCCCACUAGGUAUUGCAGCCUGGAUCUCAGACCUAAAAAGUAGUAUUGGGAGAGGGGGCUGGUCCUUCAUAUUUUGUAUACAUACUGUUCCUAGGAUUUGUAUUGGUAAAUGAUUGGCAGGCGAGACAAUCCUGAAAUGCAGAAUAGCAACAUGGAUGCUAGUUUUUGUGAGGAAGAAUGAGGUCUAAUUUGGAGAUGUAGUAUGUUUUGGACCGAAUCGGGUAUGAGAUGUUUGAAAACCAAAUGCUGCUGGAGCACAACUAUGUGUAUGUCUUUAAAAUGUACACAGACACCUGUACUGAUGAGUGCUUGGAAGCAAUGUGGAGCCUCAAGUCUUACUUAGCAAGAGUUUCAUUAAGUAAGCGUUUUUGGCCUCGUAUUUAUUUAUUUUUUUAAAAUAUGUCCAAUUUGGAUGAAAACUGCCCUUAAAAUGUACACACUAGAAAUCAAUGUUUCCCAAAUAGCCUAUUUUGUUAUACAACCUUAUGCUGGACAUAGUAUUGAUUUAUGUAUUAAUCUUGUUAAAGCUAAUGAAUAAAUUUGCCUUAAAAAUGUU